AAAAACAAAAUAUUGAAAAAUAAAACAUAAAUAAAUUGCAAGAACUGAAGGCAAAGGCCCGUGGCGGAUAGCAGAAAAACUUGCCAGUUUUGAUUUUGAGAUAUUCUACUUGAUUCGAAGGAUUUUGCAGAACAAUCAUAGCCAACGAUCAUUUUAACAUCAUGACUGAUCCUUCUGUUGGCUCAUCGUCCCCGAAUUGGGCAAGUCUUAUCGCAAAUGAGAUUAUUCCCGCCUUUGUAGGCGAGGUUCCGCAAAGUACUGAGCAAGCUCCGGCUAGUACGGGUCCAUCAUCGGAGGCGACACGGGAUCUACCGCUGCUGAUGAACAGCUUUAAUGGCCAAAUGUCACCGUAUGCGCCGGUUUUUCACCCCAUGGGCUCAUACGCGUCGCAUCUGCUGGCUCUAGAGCAGGCAGCUCAAAUAAACCCGCAGACGCUACCACCGCCACCGCCACGUCCAAUGGACCCGCAUCUUGAAGAGUACUACGAUGGGGCCCAAGUGCAGGAGAUCUACGACUGCGAGGAUCCUGACGAAAUGCAGGCACAAAUGUAUCCAGGUGAUUACGGCGAUCCCGACAUGAAUGGCUGUACCGUGGACCUCACUCUUCGGGUGGCACCGAGUCCUCGCCCAUUUCCACCACCCAAUCAGCGGGCGCUCGGCAACUGUCCCGAACCGUCAAAUCGGGAGUGUUGGCCGGACGUUGAUCAGCAGAAUGGGCAGCGGCUAAUGCAUCCUCAAAUGCAUAUGUUGAUGCCGCCCCACAUGCAGGGCCAAUUGCCUCCCCACAUGCAGGACCAAAUGCCACCCCACAUGCAGGAUCAAAUGCCACCCUACAUGCAGGGUCCGAUGCCUCCACAUAUGCAGGGUCCGAUGUCUCCUCUUAUGCAGGGUCCAAUGCCUCCUCAUAUGCUGGGUCCGAUGCCUCCUCAUAUGCAGGGUCCGAUGCCUCCCCAUAUGCAUGGUCCGAUGCCUCCACAUAUGCAGGGUCAGAUGCCUCCUCAUAUGCUGGGUCAGAUGCCGGCUCAUAUGCAGGGUCAGAUGCCUCCUCAUAUGCAGGGUCAGAUGCCUCCUCAUAUGCAGGGUCAGAUGCCUCCUCAUAUGCGGGGUCAGAUGCCUCCUCAUAUUCAAGGCCAAAUUCCGUUUCAGCCGCAUCCCCAGAUGCUAUUCCAAUUACAGCAGUCGCCUCACGAUCUUGAGUACUGGGGUGAAAUCCAAGAGCAGAUCGAUGGAGAGCACGAGCAAAUGCUCGGACCUAAUAUGGAACAGGAAAUGCCACCGAUGCUGAACCAAUGCCACCUAGAAGAUCAAGCACAAGCUGAAAACCGUGAAUAUUGGCGCGAAAUUGAACAGGACAAUGUAGCAGCUGAGGGGCAACUGUACAGUCAACAUCCAGAGUAUCCCAUGUCUGAAGUACCGCAUGAAAUCCAAGGUCACAUAACACCCGAGCAUCUGCAAUACUGGCGCGAAAUGGAAGAACAGAAAAACGCUCAACAAAUGCAGAACCAUGGGAUGUUGCUCAAUGUUGAUCAAGAGGACAAUGAGAUCGAGGGGCAUGUGGUAUCGGAGCCGCCUCCACCCGAAUACUGGAUAGAUAACGAUCAGAUUGUCGCAACUGUCGCUCCACACCAACAGCAGGAGCAGCAGCAUCAUCAACGGCGUCGGCAACUACGUCCAGAGGACAUACAGGCGUUGUCUCGCGAGAUCUGGUGCGAUGUGGAGACGAACAGCAAUGUGAAUGCACCGCUUUCCCAGACAUCGCCGUUGCCGACUUCGUAUGAUUACUGGCUUGACAUUGAGCAGUUGAUCGCCUCAUAUGGACUGCAUUCGCCACAGCCGCAGGAGCAGGGCGCAUCAGCAGCCAAUGUCUGGCAGGAUGUGAAGGAGCCGCAUGUCGCUGGCCAAUGCUACUCGGAGGAGGCUGACCAACAAGUGCCCCAGUUGGACCAAGAGCCGGCACCGGUCUGGUGGCCCGCGGACGGACAGCAUGCUGGAGGUGAGCCACUGUUGCCGUGUCCAAGCGAUUGGUUGCCCGAAGGAGUUCCGGGGGUGCUUGAGCCACUCGUGCAGGUGGAAAAUGUGGAUGAGCAAGGAAUAGAGCAUCAGCAACAGGCACCUACGGUAUGUGAUUGGUGGCCCUCUGGACAUGCUAUGCAGCAGCAGGAACAGCAGCAGCAUGAGCGCAUCGACUGGCGUUUGGAGAACCAACAGAACGCCAUGGCUGAGCAUCAGGGAACGGAGCACGUGCAUUCAGUGCCAACAGACAGAGAAUAUUUGAAUGAUGUAAAUCAGGGGGCCGCUAGCCUUGAGUUUCAAGCGCAAGCUGCCAUGCAGCCACAGAUUAUAGAUCCACCUAAUGGCUGGUGGGUAGAGCCCGGGCAGAAUAAGAGAGCACAAGAUGAACCAACCUAUCAUGAUAUGUGCCUCGAGAAGGAACAGCAGGCUUACGCGGAGUCCGAGCAGCAGCAGGAACUGCAGCAAGAUUUUCAGCAGGAGCCACAGAAGCAGCAGCAACAACAAUGUCUGCAACAGGAAUAUCAGAAGCAGCAGGAGCUAGAGCAAGAAGAGCAGCCACAGGAAUUUCAGAAGGAGUUUCAGGAGGAGCAGGAGUGUCAGGAGGAGAAAAAGUUGCCGCCAAAAAAAUCGACAACACCACGCGACUGGUGGCAAGCCGCUGCUUUCACCCCGCAGGAACAUUUGCAGUCACAGGCACAGCCGGUGCAGCCGGUACAGCCACGCAGCAUUGAUUCGCCCGCUGAAUGGAUGCCCUAUUCCUAUGGUGCAUUGACUGUGUCCCAGACUGUAUCCGAGGAAAAAGAGGAUAUGGCUCCGCCAAGUGUUGAGCCAAAGGCAGCGUGUACUGGAUCGACUAUCGGGAACAACGAUAACAAUACCAACGACGAUUCCCAAGAUGACUUUCCAUCCUUCGAGGACUUCGCCCGCCAGGUGAGCGAAUGCAGUCUAUCCAGCUCGGAAUAUAUUGCUACCUUGCGAAACCUUAUGAUACGCGCCCAUAAUCUGAUGCUGCCCUUGCUGCGCGGCCGCUUCGCCAACAUGACCCAGGUCCAGAUGGCAGCCUAUACCACGGCCAUACUGGAGGUCACGCCGCUGCAUCCAAGUCUGUUCCUUCCAUCGACCGUCGCCCGUCCCUGGAUGGGCAACGGAGGACUCUUGCCACCCAGCCAUCCACACAGCUUGACGCCCCAGGAUCUGGCACGCGUCAAUCCUCGUCCCUUGCUGGUCGAUGUGGGCACUCAGACAGAGUACCGUUGCUGGUGCAUGCACAUAAGCAUGUUUCCGCCGCCGCCACUGCCUGCGCCACCACCACAGCCGAGGCCGCAGGGCAAUCCAGCCCCACAGUUUGUAGCGCCGAACGGACCGCGCAUGAUGGCGCCUUGUGGCACGGCGCCGAUGAGUUUCUGGGGCAGACCCAUGGUGCCUAUGCAUGCGAAUCCCUACCCCCAACCCCAACAGGUGCCGCGUCCGCAUAGCUCGCGCUACGGCUACCGCAUCAACACCUACGGCGGUGUACCCUGUCGCUUCAAUAACGGCGGCAACAGCCGCUCGCGCCAUAUGAACCACAUGCACAAUUCGUCCACGCAUCCGAGCAGCCAGCAGAGCGAGGACAAUGCCAGUACAGACAGGAGCUCCACUCGCGUCAAGGACCAGCCGUCGGCACAGCGUCACCAGCAGCGUCACCAGCAGCGCCACCAGCACCGCCACCAGCAGCGGCACCAGCAUCGGCACCAAAAGCAGCAGGAAUCGGACGACACCGAGACACCGUCAUCGUAUCGCAGCCCACACAACACAUCAGUGCUUCGUCUUAGCCCCAACAGCCACAACCGCGAGAUGGCAAUACAGCAGCAGGAACAACAACAGCAACAUGAGCAGCAGCGGCUGUUGCUAGAGCAGGAGCAGACCUCUACCACCACCGGCAGUCAGUCCAGCUCGCCUGUGCUGCGCUCGGAGCAGUACUCGCGCCGCUGCCUGCAAAGCAGCUCCUCCAGCAGUCAGUCCAGCUCUCUGAGUCCCCGAUCCUCCAGUCACAGUUCAUCGGCCAUUAGCAACAACGAUAGCGAGGUGGACGACCUUGACGACAAUGAGGUCGCGGGCGGAAGUGAGGGCGAUAAUGCUGGUAACAUCGAUCGCGUUGUCCAGAGCAUGAACAAUAGCAACAGCAACAGCAACGAGCAGGCAAUUAAUCAAACAUUGACAAACGCGGAAGCAGAAAGUGACGAACCAAAUGUUGCGAGUUCGCAGAGUGGUGCAACCCCACCAGCUUCACAGAUCGGCGAGAAUGAGUCCACGGAAGCACAGACACGUACUCGACUGAAGCCGGCAAACAUAUUUCUGCAGCCAACAGGGCCGGUAAUGCCCAGCAUGCCCAUGAUGCACUUUUUCAUGAAUGGACCCCAAGGCGAUAUGCCCCCGCUAAUCUUCGAUAUGAACGACAGCUCCAGCCCGACUCCCAACUAUGCGCAGUUUUUGCCGAACAUCAAUAUGAACCUGAGUAUGUUCAACAAUACCUUGAUCAACCCGAUAAAUGGUAAUCCCAUGGUUAACCCCAUGGGUAAUCCCAUGGGUAAUCCCAUGGGUAACCCUAUGGGUAACCCCAUGGGUAAUCCCAUGGGCAACCCCAUGGGUAACCCUAUGGGUAAUCCCAUGGGUAAUCCCAUGGGUAAUCCCAUGGGUAAUCCCAUGGGUAAUCCCAUGGGUAAUCCCAUGGGUAAUCCCAUGGGUAAUCCCAUGGGUAAUCCCAUGGGUAAUCCCAUGGGUAAUCCCAUGGGUAAUCCCAUGGGUAAUCCCAUGGGUAAUCCCAUGGGUAACCCCAUGGGGUAA